AUGUCUACUGAAGUCCCUACUUUCAAAUUGGUUUUGGUCGGUGAUGGUGGUACCGGUAAAACUACUUUUGUUAAGAGACAUUUAACUGGUGAAUUUGAAAAGAAGUACAUUGCAACUAUUGGUGUUGAGGUUCAUCCAUUGGCUUUCUACACCAACUUUGGUGAAAUCAAGUUUGACGUGUGGGAUACUGCUGGUCAAGAAAAAUUUGGUGGUCUAAGAGAUGGUUACUACAUUAACGCUCAGUGUGGUAUCAUCAUGUUUGACGUUACAUCAAGAAUUACUUACAAGAACGUUCCAAACUGGCAUAGAGAUUUGGUCCGUGUUUGUGAAAACAUUCCAAUUGUGUUGUGUGGUAACAAGGUUGAUGUUAAAGAGCGUAAGGUUAAGGCCAAGACUAUUACUUUCCACAGAAAGAAGAAUUUACAAUACUACGAUAUUUCCGCCAAGUCUAACUAUAACUUCGAGAAGCCAUUUUUGUGGUUAGCCAGGAAGUUAGCAGGUAACCCACAGUUGGACUUUGUUGCUUCCCCAGCUUUGGCGCCUCCAGAGGUUCAAGUUGAUGAGCAAUUGAUGCAACAAUAUCAACAAGAGAUGGAAAGAGCUACAGGGUUGCCCUUACCUGACGAAGAUGAUGCGGAUUUGUAA